AAAGCACAGCCAUUUCACCUUUCUUCAUCAGCUUUAUCAAGGAAAGAGCCUUGAAGAGGCCACAUUGCUUUGUGUAUCAGCUACUGAGAUUCACUGGAAAUGGGGAAGAUAUGCAUUGAAGUUGGUAUGAUGUCUGCUCGGGGGCUUCAGCGUACAUCUUCUCUGUGGAAGCUUCAAUGGUAUGCUGUUGGAUGGAUUGAUCCUAAUGACAAGUACUGCACCAAGAUUGAUUCAUCAGGUAAUGUGAAUCCUGUUUGGAAAACAAAGUUUUCUGCUUUAGUUGAUUCAUCUAAAUCAGACUUCCAAGACUUGGCCCUGCAUGUUGAGGUUUACAGCCGAGAACCCAUCUUCCUUAGAGAAAAGCUUCUGGGGACUGCCACUAUUCUCCUAAAAGAAUUUCUUGAAAAGUAUGCAAACAUUUCAGAGGCUUCUUCAAGGUCAGUUGAAGAAGUUGGGAGCUUUCAGCUGAGGAAAAAGAAUUCCAACAAACCUCAGGGUUUCAUUGAUAUCUCAAUCAGAAUUUCAGAGGAAAAUGAAGAGCAUAGCACCUACCCAGGUGAGUAUGGGGGCUUUAAGCUUGCAGAUAACAGCAAUGGCAUCAAUUUGGCUAAUGAAUAUGGACCCCCACAGUCAUACCUCCCAUCAUCAUCUCUACCCCCCUUGAAGUUGCCUGAAAAUCAUCCACCAGGAAAUGGCCAAUAUGCCAAUCUGGUGCCAAUUCUACAGCAACCAUCCCCAGCACCUUUGCAGUUGCCAGAGAAUCGUCCACCAGCAAAUAGCCAAUAUCCCCAUCCGGUGCCAAUACCAACCAACUAUUAUCAUCCAUCAAUAAGUGGACCAAGCUACCCAUCAGCAGGGCGACCAAGCCAUCAACCACCUUGGACGACUCCUCCGCCUCCUCAUGUUGGUUACGCUCCCACUUUUCUCCCCAGGCCCAAUAACAUGUCGUCCAGUUACAUAAACAUGCCAUCUAAUGGAGCAGCACCUGCACGAGGUCCUGGACUUGGCGUUGGAGCCGGACUUGGAGUUGGUGCAUUAGCAGCAGGUUCUAUGAUCUAUGGCAAUGACUUCAUGUCAGGUUUUGAUCUUCCUAGUGGAUUACAAGGUGCCUCUCUAACCAUUUCAAUGGACCCUCCCUUUUGAAAAUCCAAUUUCAAUCUGUUGUAACAUGGUUCAAGUUCAUAUGGUUCGGUAUUGAAUUAAGAACACCACUCCCUGUAUACAUCUCAUUUCAAUCAAGAUUUUGCAGAGAGUUUUCAAUGUUCUA